AUGCCAGUAAAAUGUUGUUUCCGCAGGUCAAACACUGGGGAAACCAUGGCCUGGUCUGAGUCUGUGGAUACAGUUCUUGCCAAUAAAGAGGGCCUGGCAGCUUUUAGGACAUUUUUGAAGUCCGAGUUCAGCGAGGAGAAUGUGGAGUUCUGGCUGGCCUGUGAGGACUUCAAGAAAACCAAAUCCUCCAGCAAGAUUGCCUCGAAAGCCCAAAAGAUUUAUUCUGACUUUAUACAAGCUGAUGCUCCAAAGGAGAUUAAUAUUGACUUCCACACCAAAUAUGAUAUCUCCCAGAACAUCUCCGAGCCCACCCUCAGCUGCUUUGAUGCUGCUCAAAGCUCAGUCUACUGUCUCAUGGCAAAGGACUCUUUCCCCAGGUUUCUGAGGUCAGAAGUGUACAAGGAACUCAUGAAGAAACACCAGGACAGAAAUCAGAAGAGAAGGCUCCCGUUUCUGUGA